UUUCUAUUCUAUUCCGGAACAGAUUAUAAAUUUUUCUAAUUCACAUUAGUAAAUUUUUUUUCCUUCUAAACUGCUACGCUUAUAAAUACCACAGAAAAUGAAAAAGACAGUUCAGUUUCAAUUUCAUAAUCGAGGAAUUUUAUUUUAAGAGUUAAAAUGAGAUUCUAUUUAAUCACAACAUUAUUGUUAAUAACAAUAUGUGUGCUUGCUGAUGUUUCGGCUAAAAAAUCAUUCAAAACACAUCGAUCAAAGAGACAAAAUGAAGCACAAGAUGAGACAACGACGGCAGCAAAUGAAGCACAAGAUGAGACAACUACGGCAGCAAAUGAAGCAGAAAUAAAACCAGAAGCGGAAAAUAAUAAAAAUCCAACAGAAAUAAAAGCUCAACCAGAGGAGAAAAAUGAAAAUUCACCGGCUAAUAAUGAAGGUAAAUCGGAAAAUAAGGAAAAAGAUAAGAAAAAUGAUUCCUCGAGCGAAGAGUCAGAUGAAUCAUCAAAUAAAAAAAAAUCCCGAAGAAGUUUGAAAUUAAUUGACGAUAUAUCUAAAAGUAAAAGUGACGAAUCCAAGAAAAUGAAGCGAAUCAAAAGAAGAAUAAGAUCUCAUAAUGGAAAUAAUAGAUUGGAAAAAAAUUUUGAAGAAUUCAGAAAAAUGAAAAAAUUACGAAGAAGUUUACAAGAUAAGGCUGACGAGUCUAGUAAGAGUGAUAAGUCAAAGGAGAAACAUCAAAAAAUGCGAAGAAGUUUAUUGGCAGACGAAAAAGACAAGAGCAAAAGUGAUAAAUCAAAAGAGGAACAUCAAAAACUGCGAAGAAGUUUGUUAGGAAACGAAGAGGACAAAAGUAAAAGUGAUAAAUCGAAGGAGCAUCAAAAAAUGCGAAGAAGUUUGUUAGCAGACGAAAAGGACAAAAGCAAAAGUGAUAAAUCAAAAGAAGAGAAACAUCAAAAAAUGCGAAGAAGUUUGUUAGCAGACGAAAAGGACAAAAGCAAAAGUGAUAAAUCAAAAGAAGAGGAACAUCAAAAAAUGCGAAGAAGUUUGUUAGCAGACGAAAAGGACAAAAGCAAAAGUGAUAAAUCAAAAGAAGAGAAACAUCAAAAAAUGCGAAGAAGUUUGUUAGCAGACGAAAAGGACAAAAGCAAAAGUGAUAAAUCAAAAGAAGAGAAACAUCAAAAAAUGCGAAGAAGUUUGUUAGCAGACGAAAAGGACAAAAGCAAAAGUGAUAAAUCAAAAGAAGAGAAACAUCAAAAAAUGCGAAGAGGUUUCUUAGCAAAUGAAGAGAACCAAAGUAAAAGUGAUAAAUCAAAAGAGGAAAAUCUAAAAAUGCGAAGAAGUUUACUAGAAAACGAAGAGGACAAAAGUAAAAGUGAUAAAUCAAAAGAGCAUCAUCAACAAAUUAGAAGAAGUUUGUCAGAAAACGAAGAGGACAAAAGUAAAAGUGAUAAAUCAAAAGAGCAUCAUCAACACAUGCGAAGAAGUUUAUCAGAAAACGAAGAGUAAGCAAAUAGCAAAAGCGACAUAUGUCAAGAAUUUUGCUAGAAAACGAAAACUUUAGAAAAGAGGGAUGCACCAAAGAAAAUAAAAAGUCUGCAAAAAAUACUUUUACAACAAAUAUUGUUAUUAAAUAAUGAAAUACAGAAAAAUAAAUUUGUAUACAACCGUCAUUUACAAUAAAAUUUUCUAUAUUUUCAAAAAAUGUACAAAGUUAUAUUUUAACAACGUAAAUAAAUAUUUACAUUCCACAUUAUGAUUCCUAAGUUUAGAUACUUUUUGUGUCGAUGAUAUUUUUAACGUAAAAAUAGAUAGAGAGUGAAAUAAAUUGUUUUCUCAUAAUCUUUCAAUCACUAGGAAUUAUUUGAUCUGAAAGGAAAAAUUUUAUAUUGUAUUAAAUUUGAGUCUGAAGAAUA